AUGGCUGACAUCAUCAAUGCCCGGGGCUCCAAUCCCUCUUACAUAAUCACACAUCGCCCACUCAUCCUAUCCCACUUCCCCAGACUACAGGGUGUCAAACUGUCACACUCUGAAUCCCAGAUUGAACAUCCUUACCCCACAAACGUCGGCGCAAACAAUCUAGCCCCGUGGGAAUCUUCGGGAUCUUUGGGACAUUAUGUAGUCCCCUACUUCCUUCCUCCUGUCCGCAAUCGUUUCCAUUCUCCGACGUACAUACCCCAUGCCCACCCACAAGGCUGGGUUAACCCGUCCGCCUGCCAGGACGAUCUUGUGUCCGGUCCUGCGGUACUGCUGCCCGAGUGGGGCCCAGCGCCGGAGCAUCACGGCUCUUCGGUUCCUUUCCUUGCCCGGUUCUGUAUCUUCUCCCCUUUUCUUUCCUUGGGAGCGAACUUCUCCGAUCCCAAGAACCUCUUCAGUGUACACGCCCAUCUCCGACUUCAUCCGAGCACACCGAGUUGUCCCGAGGGAGCUUCCCUCCUCUAA